ACCUGUCAAGGCAAGUUGCCAAAAAGGAAAAGGGGCGUACUAAUAAAAUCACAAUUAGGUUUGUUUUACUAACGGACACAAUUACUAUCAAAUUCUUCUCUCUCCGUCUUACAACGGGAAAGAGUGACGCCUGGGUUUUGAAAAGGGAUGUUUAUGUAGAAGAAAGAUUAUUCAUGGCUGAAGCUAAAAUUGAUGUACCUUAUUGUUCUGAGAACAAAGAAUCAACUGUUUCUGAAGAGGAGGCUAAACGUAUAUCUAAGACAAUCAGGGGUCCGGUAAGGCAUCGGGAGGGGGGUUGGACUGCUGAAGAGGAUGAUUAUUUGAGAAAAUGGGUUGAAUUUUACAAGGGAAAACAUUGGAAGACAGUAGCUUCAGGUUUACAUAAUCGAACGGAUGUUCAGUGUCUGCAUCGAUGGCAAAAGGUUCUUAAUCCCGAAGUAAAUAAGGGACCAUGGUCCCAAGAGGAAGAUAGGAAACUCAUUGAGCUGGUGUCCAAGUCUGAACCCAUUAAAUGGUCUGUCGUAGCAAAAUCCAUUCCAGGUCGCAUAGGAAAGCAAUGCCGAGAAAGAUGGCACAACCAUUUAGAUCCAAAUAUUAAAAAAGAUGCUUGGACCAAAGAUGAUGAACUUGCAAUUGUGAGGGCCCACCGGGUUUAUGGAAAUCAAUGGGCAGAAAUAGCAAAGCUUUUACCUGGCAGGACCGAGAACGCAAUAAAGAAUCUAUGGAAUUGCUCUCUGAAGAAGAAGUUAGAUGUCUACCUAUCUGCUGAACUGUUACCACCAGUUCUGAAGACGGGGGAAGAUAAUGCCAGAAAUAUACCCACAUCAUCACCAAAACUUAGGUAUCCGUCUAUCUACCGGGAAGAUUAUCUCUGGAACACCGAUUUGCAGAAAAACUUAGGUAUCUGUCUAUCUACUGGGAAGUUGCCAUCAUUUGGUUCAGUUCUGAAGACAGGGGAAUAUGAUGCAAAAAAUGCAACCAAAUCAUCUGUUGGAAACUCUGCUGUGUGUAGUAAUAAAGGAUUAAACGCCAUUGCCGGAAGUUGCUUGGGAAAUGAAAACUCAACAAAAAAUCUCUGGAUUACCCCUUUGCUGAAAAACUUAGAUAUCCAUCAAUCUACUGAGAGGUUGCUAUCAUCUGGUUCAGUUCUGAAGACAGGGGAAGCUAAUCCAAAAAGUGCAACCAAAUCAACAGCUGUUGGAAACUCUACUAUGAGUGAUAAGAAAGGGUUAAGCGCCGGUACCCGAAGUUGCUUGGAAAAUGAGAACUCAAUAGUGAAUAUCAGGAAUUGCUCUUUGAAGACUAUGUUAGAAUUCCAUCGAUCUACUGGACUAUUGCCAGCAGUUGGUUCAGUUCUGAAGACGAGGAGAGAUGAUGAGAAAAGGGUAACCAAAUCACCAGUUGUUGGAAACUCCGCUGUGUGUAAUGAUGAAAUUUUUAACGCCAGUACCCGAAGUUGCUUAGAAAACAGACACACAGGAAAGAAUCCUCGGAAUAGCUCUUUAGAGGAAAACAUCGAUUUCCAUUUAUAUACUGGAGAACUACCACCAGUUGGUACAGUUCUGAAUACCGAGGAUUACGCCCUACAAAUAUCCAUAUCACCAGCUGCUGAGAAGAUCAGUGGAUGUAAUAAUGAAAGGUUUAAUGACGGUACCCAGUGUUCCUUGGGAAAUGAAGACUUCUAUAAAGUUAAUAAGGGUUGCAUGGAUCCGGUAGAACCUUCAAUCCCAGAAUUCUUAGAUGCGGGGGACCCAACAGGUGUACUAGCAACUCAAUCGAGUAACUCUGUUGGUCUUGGAUGUAGACAACUGGCAUCAGAACAUGAGUUUAGCAGAUCGAAUUCGAAGGAAAACUUGUUUAAGCAUAGAAGCAUUGCUGGAAAACCAUUGCCAAUUUCUGUUCCAGUCACUGGUUCCUUAAAUCUAAUAACAUCAAUCUUAACCUCAGAAAUGGGAAAAACAGGCGUACUGGCAACUAACUCGAAUAACUCUGUUAGUCUUGGGUGCAGACAACUAGCAUCAGAACAUGAGUUUAGCAGAAAAAGUUCGAAGGCAAACUUGGUCAAAGAUAGAAGCAUUGGUGAUAUUGAGAGAAGCAUUGCUGGAACACUAUUGUCAUUUUCUGUUCCAGUCACUGGUUCCUUAAAUCAAAAAACAUCGGACUUAACAUCAGAAAUUGGAAAAACAUGUGUACUAGCAACUGACUCGAGUAACUCUGAUGAUCUUGGAUGCAGACAACUGGCAUCAAAACAUGGGUUUAGCAGAUCCAAUUCAAAGGAAAACUUGAUCAAGUAUAGAAGCAUUGGUGAUAUAGAGAGAAGUAUUGCUGGAACACUAUUGUCAAUUUCUGUUCCAGUCACUGGUUCCUUAAAUCAAGAGACGCCGGGCUUAACAUCAGAGAUUGGAAAAUCAGGUGUGCUAGCAACUGACUCGAGUAACUCUGUUGGUCUUGGAUGCAGACAACUUGCAUCAAAACAUGAGUUUAGCAGAUCAAAUUCGAAGGCAAACUUGGCUAAGUACAGAAGCAUUGGUGAUAUAGAAAGGAGAAUUGCUGGAACGCCAUUGCCAAUUUCUGUUCCAGUCACGAAGUUUCAAAACAGGAGCGCAACACCUGUAAAAGAAAGUAAACCGUCAAAGAAGUCUGCACUAUCGGAAGCAAUUCGAUCGCAGUGGGAGCUUCAAAAAAGCCUUCAUGACCAACUUGAGUUUCAAAGGGAGCCACAGCUGCGAGCUGUAGAAACUGCACGGCAGCCACAGAAGCUGUUUGAGGAACAGAAGAAAGUGGGAGAAGCAUUGAUGCUUGCCAGCCAACCCUCUUGUUCAACAAAUCACGCAGUCAGUGCUGGUACCUCAUCUACUCGUUUGGGUCAGGAUCUGUUGAAUGAUGGAAGCAGUGAUGUGUCAUUGAGAAAUGAUCUCCAUGAGGCAUGUUGAACCUUGGAGUGACCGGUUCCUUAAAUCAAGAAACAGCUGUUUUAACCUCAGUUUUAUCACCUACCAUUUGCUUACCUCCAGUUUGUAAUAACAGUUUGGUUGAUCAGAGGGUAGAAUCUUUAUUUAAGAAUGUUGCUAAGAGCUUCUCAACCCUUCCAUCCAUAGUAAGAAAAAGAAAGAGAGAAGCUGGU